AUGGCGACGCCGAUAAGCUCGAAGAUCCAUGUCAUCAUCUCCACGCUACUUAUCCUGGCCGGCAUGGCAGCCAUAGACAGUUUCUUAGUCAAGCUACAUGAAGGAUCCAGACAGACCGGAGUCUUCGUGAUGCUGCUCAUCGGUAACGUAUGCCUUUUGCGCUGGGAUCCGAACGCAGAUUCAUUAAUCAUUCAAAAUCGUUUGGAGUUCGUUCAUAUCCCAUGUAAACGAUUAUUCUCCGCUAUGUCGGCACCUGGGUCGGCGCGGAGGUCACCACCACUCGACGAGGCUGCAGCAUGGCCGAGUGGUUUUUAUUUAUUUUUGUGCUGGACAUUAAAAUUUACUUCCUUUUCCAGUACUUGCGAUCCUGUAGCGAAAAGUGCCUAG